CUGGAAUUUUCACCAAACAUUUGCAUUGAAAACCUAAAACGACAACUAUUAUAAAACAAAAUUUAAAUUUUAAAACGAUAACUAAAUUGAAACGGAUAGAGUAUUUGUUUAUUAUGUGUAUAUAUAUUUAUGUUGUAAAAAUUCAACACUCUAUCCUUUCACAUUCAGCACAUCCCCACUAGAGAAAGAAAGAGAUAUCUGUCUCUCUCUCUCUCGUUUUCGCUUUCAGAUUGAGUUUGACUCUUCGCCAGCCACCGCCUCCUCUCUCUCUCUCUCCAUCAAUGGCGACACCAUACCUCUCCCUUCUACCUCUUUAAGUAAAAACCCUUUUUUGCUCUCUCUUUCUCUUUCUCCUCUCCAAUACGCUUCAUUUCUCAAAACCCUAGAUUCACCAACAAAACCUUAACUUCUCUUCUUCUUGUCUUUAUGUUCUUGUUUCUUUCAUGUCCAUAUGGAUUCUGGUAACAGUGGAAGCUUGCAAUCUUCAAGCGAUGACCAUGAGUCUUCCUCAACUGGUGCUCCACCAGAUCACUCCUCUUUCUUCCUCCCUCCUUUCCAACAACCACCGUCUUCCUCCACCUUCUACGGCGACCCAACAACCCUCUCCUCUUCCUCCUCCUCCUCCGCUACUUAUCUAAACUUUGUCAACAAUCUCAUCUCCGAUGACAUUCUUAACCAAACUCAUCUCCUCCCUCCUCCUCCUCCACCACCACCUCCUCCUCCUCCCUCUUCUUCCCGAAACCCUAGAAAACGAACAAGAGCUUCAAGAAGAGCUCCUACCACUGUUCUCACCACCGACACUUCUAACUUCAGAGCUAUGGUUCAAGAAUUCACCGGCGUCCCUGCCUCUCCCUUCUCUCAUCCUUUCUCCUCCACUACUCGCCGCUUCGAUAUUUUCCGAUCUCCCUCCGAUCCUCUUACUUACAACCCUUUUCGUCCAAUCCCUCAAAAACCUCAUCAUCAACCUUUGAAUCCUUCAUCUUCUUUUUUUCUCCACCAUCAUCACCACACAACUACUUCCAUGACCUUUCCUGAUCUGCCUCUCCCUCAAAAUCACCAAGUUUCUACAUUUCAAUCUCUUUUAUCUCAUCAACAUCAUCAUCAAACAACACUUUCCUCUCUUCACGACCUUGACACAAUAAAUCUCGGAGCAUUACAACAAACUCACCAUCCAACGCCUGAUGAUAACCACCAGCUAAUGAUGAGGCAGUUCUCGGAUUUUGAUCGCCGGCCGGAAAAGGCACCGGAGAUUCAUAAUAAUAUCUCCUCUUCUUCAGCUCCGAUCAAAGGCUCAUCAGGUACUACUACUACUACAACAACAACAGUUGAUCCCUGGAUUAGCCCUACAGAUUCCAAUAAUUAGAUACAUUAUUUUUUUUGAUAAUUGAAACCAUAUCUUACAAUGUUUAAAUCUAGUAAUAUCUUAAAAUCAGAUUGUAGUCACUGAGAUUGAAUUAUAUUAUCAGAAUUUUUUUUUGUGAA